AUAGACGACGAAAGGUGUUAUCUGCAGUGACGGCCACACACCUCAGUCCCUCACGCUCCUGUCUCCACGUGUCACCCGAAACUUCCGCCUACUCCGGAUAGCCCCAUCCCAGUCCCCUCUCUCUCCUCGCUCUCAUGUUUAUCUCCUCGCCCCACGUGCACUCGCACAGGUAUAUAUUACCCCCCUCGAACUAUAAGAAAGACGGGUUUGUUCAAGUUUUAGAGAGAGAAAGAGAGAUGGAUCACUCAGCAGAUGCUCACAGAACGGAUUUGAUGACCAUAACGAGGUUCGUGUUGAACGAGCAAUCCAAGUAUCCUGAGUCUCUUGGUGAUUUCUCUAUUUUGCUCAAUCACAUUGUUCUUGGCUGCAAGUUCGUUUGCUCUGCUGCUAACAAGGCGGGUCUAGCCAAACUUAUUGGACUUGCUGGGGAGACCAAUGUUCAGGGUGAAGAGCAAAAGAAGCUUGAUGUUCUGUCAAAUGAAGUGUUCAUUAAGGCCCUAGUAAGCAGUGGCCGAACAUGCAUCCUUGUCUCGGAAGAAGAUGAUGAAGCAACAUUUGUGGAGCCUUCAAGGCGCGGAAGGUACUGUGUUGUAUUUGAUCCAUUGGAUGGAUCCUCCAACAUUGAUUGUGGUGUUUCUAUUGGAACGAUUUUUGGGAUUUACAUGGUGAAAGAUGGCCAUGAACCAACUCUAAAUGAUGUGUUGCAACCUGGGAAGAACAUGCUUGCAGCCGGCUAUUGCAUGUAUGGAAGCUCUUGCAUGCUUGUUUUGAGCACCGGAUCUGGUGUUAAUGGUUUCACCCUGGAUCCAUCCCUUGGGGAGUUCAUACUUACUCACCCUGAAAUAAAGAUUCCAAAGAAAGGAAAGAUUUAUUCAGUGAAUGAAGGAAAUGCAAUUAAUUGGGAUGGUCCAACAGCCAAGUAUGUUGAAAAUUGCAAGUUCCCCAAGGAUGGAUCCUCAGCAAAAUCUCUAAGAUACGUUGGAAGCAUGGUAGCUGAUGUCCAUCGCACAUUACUUUAUGGGGGUAUAUUUUUGUACCCUGCGGAUAAGAAGAGCCCCAAUGGGAAACUGCGUGUUCUAUAUGAAGUCUUCCCAAUGUCCUUUUUGAUGGAACAAGCAGGAGGGCAGGCUUUUACUGGCAAGCAACGGGUACUGACUUCGUUGUUUUUGUUGUUGAGCUGUUUCGCUACUCAGAUUUAUGAAAACUUAGUAUUCAAUGUGCUUCCACCACCACCACCACCACCACCGUUAGUAUUAUUUAAAGAUAUGCUUCUAUUUCAAGUUAUCAAGCUGUUUCCUUGCUUGUUUGUCCUGCCCUCAUGUAAAGGGACCAUAGACUAUAUUAAUUAUAUUGUUCUAAAUUUGAUGCAUUGUUUUUUGAACUUGUAUAAGGUUACAUGGUAGUUUAUAGUUUAAGCUGCAUGGAAUUGGUAAUAUAUUAAUUUCAUAUGUUAAUAUGCA